AUGCCGCUGUGUCUCACUUUCAUCGAUUUAGAGAAAGCCUUUGAUACAGUUGAGACGGGAGCGGUCAUGGAGGCCUUGGACAACCAAGGUGUCCCUACUCCAUACAUAAAGACAUUUCGUCAGUUGUAUAGCAAUUUCACGACCAAAAGUUCCGCAUUCUACAAUAAUGUCAUGAUCUGCGUGAAGAGAGGGGUCCGUCAGGGUGACACAAUUUCACCCAAAAUAUUCAGUGUCACUCUCGAGAACGCGAUGCGAGGAUUGGAAUGGGAUGACAUGGGAAUGAAAGUUGUUCCGCUGUGUUCUCUCUGUGUUUGA